AUGCCGCCACCAGAAGUCAACGAGAACUCCACUUUACCCCCAGACUUGAUCUCGUGGGAUUGGUCAGCUCCAGGAAAAAUGAAGCUCUACCUUGCGGAGAAGGAUACAGAAAACAUCAAUGGAACUCAAUUGAUAGACGCUACGCUCGAUCUUGAAUCAUCGUCUGAGCUUUCUUACUCCAUCAAAUUCAGAGGAGCACAUAUCCUGUCUGACGGUCUCAUGGUUUUCUCCUCAGACUCCACAUCAAACUUCUACGGCUACGAAGCAUUACCGCACUUCAUGCCGGCUGAACGUUACUUUAACGGAACGAAAGCCCUCGUCCUGGAUCAACUGGACCGCAAGAUCAAGUCCGAUGAGCGCAGUCUCGAAUUUGGUACAUUAGACCUGGUGCCCGAUGACGAUGUGAAGAGGUGCGAUUGGUUCGCCUGGGUGCAGUUGAUGCCCGUGAAGGAGAGUGAAGAGCGGUUGCGACUGAUCGAGCAAGAAGCGCGGCUCUCCACCGGUGCUUUGCCAUUCACGGCGAUCCCGCCUGUCGUUCACUCAGCUGUUGUGUAUUCACCUUCGUGCAACAUUGCGCUUCAGUGGAAAGAUGCUCAGGGGCAGGUCAUGAAGACAUUCUUUGGCUCUGCUCGCUCGGUAGCAUCUUUCGCCGCUCUGAAUGCAUUCAUCCAGGUUACCCUUCUCAUCCACCAGCUCGGACAGACAUCAACACCGUCCCAGAUGAGCAAAGUCUCCUUCUGGACAAUUGCGAUCAUGGCAGUCAUGGACGGGUACCUUUCCAUCAUUUACUUGUCUGUGGGAAUGCUCACCGAGAGCUUAUUCCUGCCCUUCGUCACAGCAGCCUUUAUCACCUUCGUUCUUGUCAGCAUCUUCGGGAUGCGUCUACUCUUGGUCGUUUGGCAGACACAAGAACCCGAACGCCGAGCAGCACGAGCACCGCCCGUCCCUCCUCGCCCACAACCUGCCGCCGAUGGCCCGCUCCCAGCGCCCGCAACCGCUGCACAACCAACCCCAACUCCGGCUCCGGUACAAGAAGAGUCAACAGGCAUUGGCUCGCUCUACGCCAGAUUCUACUUCCUCGUCUUCGUCCUCUUCCUCAUCUCUCUCCACGUCAUGUUCUCAUUCCCACCAACGCUCCGCCGUUACGUCCUGAACGCCCUCAUGUUCAGUCUCUACUCCUUCUGGGUGCCACAGAUCUACCGUAACGCGAUCCGUGGAACGAGGAAAGCUUUUGGGUGGUGGUUUGUCAUUGGGAUGAGUGUGGGGAGGUUGUGCAUCCCGGGGUUGUACACGUACAUCUUGCCUGGGAACCUCGUGUUCCUCGGUGAGGAGAGGGGGCUCUGGGGAUUUGUUCUUAUCGCUUGGAUGCAACUACAGCUUCUGGUACUUGCAUCACAGCAACUCCUUGGACCACGGUGGUUCAUUCCCGGCAAGUACCUUCCGCCGGUGUACGACUACCACCCCAUCCUACCACCUACAGAUGAGGAAGCAAACCAACGACCAGAUUGUGCGAUUUGUAUGGCACCGGUUGAGAUACCACAUAGCGCUGCAACGAGUGUGCUGAGUAGGCAGGGGUAUAUGGUACCGCCUUGUGGACACGUCUUCCAUUCGGGGUGUCUGGAGGAAUGGAUGAGAGUACGGUUACAAUGUCCUGUAUGUCGAUGUGGACUACCCCCAUGUUGA